AUUUUACACCUGGAAAUACACAGACAUUGCCGACUGGAGAGAGCAGUUCAACCAGUACAAAGCACUAACCGGCAAUUGAUUGCAGAUAAAGCCGCACAGUAGAAGCCGCAUAGUAGAAGCCCCCUUAAUAAUUUGAUGUCCUCAAUUGAUUCCUCAUUAAACUAAACAUAUUUUAAUUGUUUAUUAGUAAAAUCAUGUUUACUAUUCUUCUUUCGCAAAAAGCCCUGUUACGUCAUCAAUUGGAGCUCAGUUGACAUCAAAGUAUUGUCAUUUUUACACAUGUCAGCAACGGUAGAAGUGUUUCUAGUUUUUUAAAUUUUGAGGUUGGGGCAAACGUUUUGAUUGAGUUUUAUAAUUCAGUAGUGACACAUAUCACAAUUUCAUUUAAAUUAUAAACAAACGGAUUAUUAACAAGUUUAGGUAUAGCAUUUCAAUUUAAAAUUGAAGUGAUUCAAACUCAAAAUUCACCCGAUCACGUGGGGCCUGACUAUUUUUCGGUCAAAAUUACCUAGAGGAUGUGUCAAUAAUGACCAACAACUGACGCAGACUUCCAGUCACAAUCUCCCUUUUUUCACAAGUUCCUGGGUCAGCCGGACCCUUGAGUGGGUCAGUCCCAUGAGACCAAUUCUGACCAGGGAGUCCUUAGUGUACAGACAGUAGGGAGGUGUGAAACAACAACUAGUCCGUCUUGAUUCUAGAAAAAUUCACCACAACUAUAUCAAUUUUACCUAUAAUGCUCGACGGUAAUGUUCCAGUUUAUUGAUUUGUACAUAAUGAUAUAGGCUAUUAUAUGUAAAAAGAUGAAACAAGAGACCGAUACAGAAACUGGAAGUAGGUCAAGACGUGUAACGUUAAUGUGAAGCAACGGCUUUUGGCUGUUGUUAUCUUGUACUAUUUUGCAACGGCUUUUGGAUGUUGUUAUCUUGUACUAUUUUGCAACGGCUUUUGGCUGUUGUUAUCUUGUACUAUUUUGCAACGGCUUUUGGCUGUUGUUAUCUUGUACUAUUUUGCAACGGCUUUUGGCUGUUGUUAUCUUGUACUAUUUUGCCUGUCAUAUUUCCAAGGAGACAUUUUACAAAAACUUUAUUCGUAUGCUCACUUGUCAUGUCAUGUGAUACUCAAAGCAUGCAUGUUAAACUGUUUAUUACAUUUAUUUACAUGUUGGGGUGCGUUUUUUAUUUAUUUUUCAUUUUUUUAAAACUUUUAUUUUAUAGUUGUAGUUUUAUAUAGUUUAUUGUAUUGUAUAUUUACCAAACUAUUAGACAGAAGUAUAUACAUAAAGAACGAGGGUUCAGACCGGGAUAGCUGAUGUACCACCUUCUUCUUUUAUGUUUUGCCCACUUAAGUGCCAACGUUCAGAUGUUUCUCACUGGCAUGGUGAAUCAGUCGCUGCUACGCAAUACUUCCCACUUCAUACUGGGAAAAUUCCCACGUAGAAAACUAUUCCUCCAGAACUUUAUAAUUUAUUUCUUCUAUGUACACAUUCUAGUCGCUGAGCAAACAUCAAAACAUUAAAAAAAAAAUCAAAUGAAUGCGUUGAAUAAACAAACACCAACGAUCAGGGCAUGAUUCAGCGGUCACAAUCAAGUUUGGUGCCGCUCAUUCAGCUCUACGCUCGGUGCAGCUCUGUGCUUGGUACCCCCUCUGUCCUUGGUAGCAAAAACAUGUGACGUCACACUCUGAGGCUCGUGAAUAACGCCAGAGAGUGGCCUCUACUAGCCUAGAUUAAUCUCCGAAUCACCUUUCACCUACAUUCAUUUCACAUCGAUUCGCAGUCAAAUCCUUGCAGACGACCGAAAGUAAGCUUUUCAUGUGUUUUGAUUGGUCUGAGGUGAUGUUUGUCAGCUGCACCCACAUCAUCUAGGACCAAUUAAAACACAUAUAAUUAUGUAAAGCUUUAUUAAAACGUCACUGCACGUUCAUCCAAUGAUUGUAUCCAAUGAAAUCACUGGUUCCAAAGAGCAGGUAUAUAUAAUAAUAUGUGAAACAGGGGCAAGUAGGGGGCCAGUCUAUGUGCUAUGGUGCUCGGCGUGCUUAGAUUGAUACAAUACUCAUACAUCGUAGGGACAACCUUGUAUGAAAAUCCCUCAUUAGACGCGUACUAUUGUGAUGACAAUAGAGUUCCAGGCACGUUAAUAAGCAACUUAUAUGGCAUGGUCUAUUCACUGAAUUUGAUACAAUAUAAUCCGUUUCGCAAACAAGCUUAUGUCACGUUGUACAGUUUGUAUGUGCGGCUUCUUUUUGUAGCAUUACAAAAAUUGUGUUGUAUGAACAAGUAUGGUUGGUCAGGCUUUUCCCGUGUCGGUGGCCUUUUUCCUUGGGUUGUUGGUGGGCUUUGAAGCUUCCCAACCGCAGGUCACUGUAGAGCAAGGUGCCCUCUUUGGUACCACCGAGACUUUCCAGGAAGAUGAGUUCAUCAAUAUCACCAAGAACAUCGAUGUCUUCAAGGGGAUACCGUUUGCAGAGCCACCCGUUGGAGCGCUGCGAUUCAGGGCACCGGUAGAGAAGAGUAGUUGGGGAAGCGAGGUUUACAACGCCACGUACUUCAGAGCUGCAUGCGUUCAGGAUUCGGCAUACGUCACCCCAUAUGGCUUGCAGAUGAGUGAAGACUGUCUUCAUGUCAAUAUUUACGCGCCAAAUCCAAAACUUCCAGAGGGCGCUGCUGUUAUGGUUUACAUGCAUGGUGGCGGUCUUAAAGUUGGUAGCGGAUCACUCCCAGAUCUCAGAAGCCAACCAUUGGUUGCUAUAGGUGACGUCAUCUUGGUCACUUUAAACUAUCGGCUGAAUGUGAUUGGCUUCCUAACUACAGGUGAUGAAGUUUCUCCAGGAAAUGCUGGCCUUAAAGAUCAAGCUCUUGCCCUCCAGUGGAUCAAAAAGAACAUAGAAGCUUUCGGUGGUGACAGUGAACGCAUCACCAUCUUUGGUGAGAGUGCUGGAUCAAAUAGCGUCAGCGCUCAUCUACUGGCCAAGCAGAAUGAGGGAUUGUUUCAUCAGGCUAUAAUGCAGAGCGGAAAUGUUCUAGCAGAGUGGUCCUUCCAGGAGAAUCAAGAUAUAAUGCGACAGCAAGCGUUUCAACUUGGUGCUAAAUUUGGCUGUACGGCUGAGGACACGGCUGGCUUAGUUGAGUGUUUGCGAGAGCAAGACCCGACGGCUCUUUUCACCACGUCAGAAGAGAUAGCGUUUCUAACCGCCCUGGUUGUUGACGGUGAAUACAUCGAGGACAAACCUCCCAUUAUCUACUCCACUGGGCAGUACAACCAUGUCGACAUCCUUCUUGGUACAAAUGCUGACGAAGGGGCGUUCAUGAUGCUCUACGAUUCUCUGUUUUUCCCCGAAUAUUUCCUCAGACCUGAUCCUCCUUUUGUGACUAGAGACAACUACGAGGAGAUUAUAAACCGGCAAGUCGAACUUUACUACGGAGCCAAUACACAGAUAGCAGACGCUAUCAGACUGCAGUAUGUCGACUGGUCCCAAGCGGACAAUGUCAGCGCAGACUAUUUUGAAGCAGUGAAGAACUUUUAUACUGACUUUUUCUUUACGAGCUCAACCGACUUAGUUGCUCGUUACCACGCGCAAGGGGGCAACGCCGUCUACAUGUACCAGAUGACCCACGUCCCUAGCGCAUCUUACUGGGAUGUUGGAGUGGGGGUUGGGCCCGGCUGGUUGGGAGCAUGUCAUGCCGAGGAUGUCCUCUAUGUCUUCGGGGUUCCAUUCAUCCCGGAGGCUGCGGUCAGGCGAUCGGAGUUUCAAGAUGCGGAGAAAGCACUCUCUGUGAAAUUCAUGGAGUUCUGGACAAACUUCGUCAAUACUGGGAACCCAGGAACAAAGACUCCUGGCUCUUUGCCAGCCUCUAAGGACGAUUACUGGCCUGAGUUUACCAUCCCUGGACUCGGAUACAAGGAGCUCAAUGUUAACAUGGCGACAGGUCGCGCCCUCAAGAGUAACGAGGCUCAUUUCUGGAACUCCUACAUAGUACAACUUCAGACCAUGCUGGCUGAUAUGAAGACUAGUGAGCGUGAAUGGAGAGAGUCGUAUAGCGCCUGGAAGUACACCGACAUGGCCGACUGGAGAGAGCAGUUCAACCAGUACAAAUCAGCCACCGGCAACUAUUGAUUAACUAUCGAAUAACUAUGGAUUAAUUAUACCAAUUAUUGAAUAAAUCGAUCAGUUACUGAAUCAACAAACUCUCGAGUCUCAAAUUUAUUACCUCAUUGGUAAUGUUACAUAUUUAUAUCUAGUUAAUAAUGAGUAGGGUAGAUGGCCUUACCUUUCGAUCCACACCGGACCUUCUUCAGAGGCAAUUGACUAUAUAUUAUAAUAUAAACAUGUUAAUCCUGCGUUGUGAAGCAAAGAUGGACAUCGAUAGAGGAUAAUAGGUCAUUAAAUUGUGACACCACAGUUUGUUUGGCAAUAUUAAUCUUAGCUCUUUGUGGAAUCAAGUGCAGCCGUCGAUUUCACCAAACUUUUCAAAAGGACUUUAGGACGAGUUCAGUUCCGUUUGUGUGGACGUUAUGACGCAAUGAACCCAUCCUAAGAUGGAACUUAGCGUUUCGUGAAAUCGGCUGCAGAAUACCUUCAUGGUAAAGGUAAAACUGUUCAAGAGUUUCUGCCAGAAUUAAGAGAUUUUACUUUUUUUUUUACUUUAAUAAAAUUGUGUGAUCUAUUAAAGUCACCUUAAAGAGG